AUGAAUCUCCUAUUAUCAGACGAUUAUCUCCUCCAAGACUAUCCUGAAAACAUCACGAAUACGAUCCGUUCGGGACAUGCGACAACACUACGCUUCAAUCGACAGGGUGAUUACCUUGCUUCCGGCCGAGUCGAUGGAACUGUCGUGGUGUGGGAUCUGGAGACUAUGGGGGUGGCGAGGAAGCUGAGAGGUCACAGUAAGAGCAUUACAUUUCUGAGCUGGUCAAGAUGUGGGCAAUAUCUUCUCACCACCUGCCAGGGGUGGAAAGCUAUCCUCUGGGACCUCCAGGAUGGUAAACGCUUACGGGAAGUUCGUUUUCGCGCGCCAGCGUAUAUGGCUGAACUUCAUCCGUGGAACCAUCUUCAGUUUGUCGCUGCGCUCUUUGAAGAGCAACCUGUUUUGGUCGACGUUACGGAGCCUGUUGACGUAAAACAUAUCCUACCAUCUGCACCGAAGCGAUCGAGUACCGACGGCACCGAAGCAUCACGCGAAAAACAAGCCAAAGAAGAUGCCAAACAAAUGACAACCUCCGCGAUAUGGAGCACGACUGGAGAUCACAUCCUCGCCGGGACAAACAAGGGAAAGCUCAACAUUAUCGAUGCGAAGACAUACGAAAUUAUAUACUCUGAAAAGAUAUGUUCGGGUGUUAUCACCACCAUGAGAAUGACAGUGUCAGGCCGAGAGCUGCUAGUCAAUUCGCAAGAUCGAAUUAUUCGCACCUUCCGAGUCCCGAAUUUACUGGCCGAGAAUCUCGAUCUCGAUACACUACAAGUACCAUUGGAGCACAAGUUUCAAGACGUUGUCAACAGACUAUCAUGGAAUCAUGUCACGUUUAGUGCAACUGGCGAAUACGUGGCAGCCUCGACGUAUAACAACCACGAGCUGUACGUCUGGGAGCGCAACCACGGCAGUCUUGUAUGCAUGCUCAAGGAUCCAAAAGAAGAACAAGGAGUUAUCGAGUGGCAUCCAGCUCGUGCGCUCUUAGUUGCUUGUGGUUUGGAAACUGGUCGCAUAUAUAUAUGGUCUGUAGUUAGCCCACAGAAAUGGUCUGCGCUGGCGCCAGACUUUGCCGAAGUGGAGGAGAACGUCGAAUACAUUGAGCGGGAGGAUGAAUUCGAUAUUUAUGCGCAAGAAGAGAUCCAUCGACGGCGACUGGAUGCAGAGGAUGAAGCAGUUGACGUCCUGACACUCGAUCCAUCAAAGACUUUGGAUGAAGAGAGCUUUCGGGUGCCAAUUCUAUUUAAUCUCGGCGAGAGCGAUAGCGAGGAUGAGUUUAUCGCCGUAUCAACUGGCACCAUGAGACGUAGGAGUCCUGGAGAGGGUCAAAGCGAUAUUGAGGAAAAGAUACCUGUCAAGAAAAGCACGGCAGGCAGAAGAGGCCGAAAACGCUAG